AUGCGGGUAUGUGGGAGUACGGUGGAAGCCAGAGGAACAGGGAGAAAGAAUGUUGAUGAGAAUGAUACCUGGUCCCAUCCUUCUUCAUUCCUACUGCUGGGCAUCCCAGGGCUGGAAUAUAUGCACACCUGGAUUGGAUUUCCCUUUUUCUUUGUGUAUCUUGUUGCACUCCUAGGGAAUGCUACUGUCUUGUUUGCAAUCCAGACUGAGCACAGUCUCCAUAAGCCGAUGUACUACUUCCUGGCCAUGUUGGAUUCCGUUGAUUUGGGCUUGUCUACGACCACCAUCCCCAAAAUGCUGGGCAUCUUCUGGUUUAGUUUCAGGGAAGUAACUUUUGGAGUGCUUUGUCAGAUGUUCUUCAUUCACUUCUUCACUGCCAUGGAGAGCAUUGUGUUGGUGGCCAUGGCCUUUGACCGCUACAUUGCCAUUUGCAAACCCCUUCAAUACACCAUGAUUCUAACUGGGAAAAUCAUUGGACUCAUUGCAUAUGUUGCUAUCCUGCGGAGCCUCUACAUGGUUGUUCCAUUGGUGUUUUUCCUUUUGAGGCUGCCCUUCUGUGGCCACCAAAUUAUCCCUCAUACCUACUGCGAGCACAUGGGCAUUGCCUGACUGGCCUGUGCCAGCAUCAAUGUUAACAUUAUGUUUGGUCUUGGCAACAUUUCUCUCUUAUUCUUGGAUAUGCUCUUUAUUAUUCUUUCCUAUGUCAGAAUCCUCCAUGCCGUCUUCUGCCUGCCCACCUGGGAAGCCCGGCACAAAGCUCUCCAUACCUGCAGUUCCCACAUUGGUGUUAUCUUAGCCUUUUUUACACCAGCAUUUUUCUCUUUCUUGACACAUCGUUUUGGCCAUAAUAUCCCCCAAUAUAUACAUAUUUUCUUGGCCAACCUCUAUGUGGUUUUCCCACCAGCCCUCAAUCCUGUAAUUUAUGGGGUCAGGACCAAGCAGAUUCAAGAGCGAGUGCUGAGGAUUUUCUUCAAGACAAAUCACUAG